AGGUAUGAAAAGAUCUAUUUACGUUUCUUGAAAUAAUUGCACAAAAUGUUUUUAGAGGCAAAUAACUCUGCUACCAGUAUUUUCAAGCUAUUUAACAAAAUUUUAAGCAUUUACCAUUUUCAGAUCAGAACUGCCGCGAAACCUUUUUUCAACCCUCAUAAACCCUACCUAACCCCUAGUAAGCCCUUUUCAAACCUUCGUAAACCCCCAGACACAAACCAAAAAUGUUUACAUAAUUCAAUGUACCUGGGUUCUGUAUAUAGUCAUUCGAUAAAAAAUGUUAGAUUCACUGCAUUUUUUUCCAAAAGGUUUCACUCUACAGGAGAAGGCGUUAAGAAUGAGGGGGGCAUUGAAGCAGUGCAAGAAAUAUCAGAUUGUGAGAGUAACGAAAAGAAUAAAAAAGGGCAUGGAGAGUCAAAGGGUCUUAAAAGGAAUGUGGAAAGAGUAUUGUGUAUCUUGAGGAAGUUUGAGGGUUCGAGUCAUGACGCAAGGUCAGCACUGGAAAAAAGCGGGUUAGUUGCUACAUCUGACCUGGUACAAAGGGUAUUGUCUAGAGCUCAAAAUAAUUGGCAGUCUGCGUAUACAUGUUUUCUGUGGGCCACUUCACAACCAGACUACAAGCAUAGUAUAAGAUCAUACCAUACAAUGAUUUCAAUGUUAGGGAAGUGGAAACAAUUCGAUGUUGCAUGGGCAUUGAUCAGAAAAAUGCAGGGUGUAAGGGACGAAAUAUCGAUGGUAAGGCUUGAGACUCUGUUGAUCAUGAUAGAAAGCUAUUCAGCUGCACGUAAUGUUGGAGAAGCUGUAAAGACUUUCUAUUUGUUGGAAAAAUUUAAGCUGAAGGUAGAUAUCAAUGUAUUUUGUGGCCUGCUGAGUGCUCUUUGCAAGUACAAGAAUGUUGAAGAUGCCGAGCAGUUGCUUUACCAUAAGAAGAGUGCUUUUGCUUAUGAGACGAAAAGUUUUAAUAUUGUUCUUAACGGGUGGUGCAAUAUAAUUGUGAGUGUUACAGAAGCAAAAAGGUUUUGGACGGUUAUGAUAGAAAAUGGAAUUGAUCUGGAUGCUUGUUCCUAUGGUUGUAUGAUUUGUUGCUUUUCCAAAGCAGGCUAUCUCAAUGAUGUUAUUAGACUCUUCGAACAGAUGAAGAGGAGAAAUUAUGCUCCUGAUCUGAAGGUCUAUAAUGCUGCUGCUUAUGCCUUGGCUAAAGAAAAAUGUUUUAAGGAGGCAUACAUUCUCUUGAAUGUAAUGGCAGAAAAAGGAUUUACUCCAAAUGCGGUUACAUAUCUAUCUCUAAUUAAGGGCUUUUGUAAGGCCGGAAAUUUGAAAGAUGCAUAUAAGAUCUUUGACAAGAUGAUUCAGAACGGUCUUAAACCAUCUAUCACAGCCUUUCAUGCAUUUUUUAGUGCCUUGGAGGAUCCAAAAGAAACGAUGGAGCUCUUUGAGAAAAUGAUAAAGAGUAAGUGCACUCCCACCAUGGAGACAUUCAUCAUGUUGAUCAGGAAAUUCUGUCGCAGGUGUGAAUUUGAAGUUGUGUUUAAGGUAUGGCAUAAUAUGGGUGACUAUGGUCAUAGUCCAAAUCGCAUGGCAUACAGUGUUCUGAUACAUGGGCUAUUCCUAAAUGGUAGAACAGAAGAAGCUCAUAAAUACUAUGAAGAAAUGAAAUCCAAGGGCUUUUACCCUGAUCCGGCAACUGAUAAAAUGCUCAAUGCUUGGAUUGCAGGAAGAGAAUUGACAGCACCGUAGCUUUUGAAAGUUUGAAACCGAAAGAGAAAAGGUUCCUGGAGAGCACAGAGAGCUGGAAGAUAGAAAUUGUCUAGGACAGUAGCAAAUCUUGGCAGAAAAUGAGUAGACAGUCUGAUCAGGGAAGUGAAUUUCGGUUAAAACAAACAAGGAAUGAACAACUGAAUGUGGAUGAAGAAGUUUGGCUUCCUAAACUUGCAAAUGCGAAGAGAACUUGCAAACUGACUCAUAUAGUCUUGAAAAGGAAACUACUAGUUGAAAGCACGAGACAUUAAGUGGAAAAAUAUCUAUUUGCUUAAAGCUAUCUUUCUUUUGGCCUGUUUUAAUGUGCAUAAUGUCAUUUUGGCAAGUAUCCGAGAAUACAUGCAAUUUAGUGUCAAAGUUUCUACUAGCCAUAGAAAUGCAAACAUCAAAGCAGUAAAGAUGAGUUUGGGACAUCUCAAAAAUCACUGAUUUUUAUUCAUAUGUGUUUUUCCAGAACAAUGCUCUUUCCAUAUGAUUGAUUGUUAGUUCAUACAUUUUACUUUAUGACCCAAAAAUGGCUCACACAUGGCAGUUAAUGCUGAUUGGAUAGGUGACAUGGUUACUCUUGCUCGUCUGGCAAAGGUAGGUGUAGUGGUGGUUAGUGAGGUGGGCCAUUCUCUUCAUGUGGAAGGAAUAUGCAGAGAAGACCACUUACGUUUUGUUGGCAUGAGGUUUUUAUGCGGAGGAUAUCAACAUUUUGCCGGUUUAUCUCAAGGAAAGCAUCCAAAUGAGUCGUUGCUCAUUCAAGAGCUUGUUAAGGGGUGCUAUCUCAAUCCCUUCCAAGUGAGUAUUUUCUCGCUAGAUUGAUUAAAGGUGGCUAUUUACAACCUUGGUGGCUGUAGGAGUGGGUAAACUCUCCCUAAGUUAUUUCUAAGUCGCUUUUACUGAAUCUGAACCCAAACAUAGGCAUUAAAUAUCCAGUAUGAUCAAAGGAGCUAGCAAGAUAGCUCAAGAUUCCUCUGCUGCCUUUGGUUUGAAUGAGUUGUACUUGUUUGAGUUUCAAUUUGUCUUUGGAUUUUGAAUAUCCAAUUGCUUCAA